AACUUUCCCUCUAGACCCGAGGGGCAGCGCGCUCUGCCCGGGGCCGCGCACGUCCGCCCUCGGUGGCGCGCACGCCUACGGGAGCCCUCUCCAAGCAACCUAGUGCUGAUCGCUCUUGCUGGUGCGGCUGUUAACUACCGUAGCGGGAGCCCCAGGCUCAGAAGCAGCCCCCUCCCCUUCGUGGGCUUCCCCACCCUUUUCCCGGUCGGCCUCGGGGCAUGAGCAGCGAUGGCCGGCUGUGGCCCUGAGGAGAAAACUUACCGGCGCUUCCUGGAGCUAUUCCUUGGCGAGUUUCGCGGACCGUGCGGCGGCGGCGACCCAGAGCCGGAACCCGAACCGGAGUGCGAGCCCGAGCCCGAACCCGAACUGGUAGCCACUGAGGCGGCAGAGGCUUCGAUCGAGGAACCCGGAGAGGAGGCAGCCACGCUCGCUGCCACGGAGGAGGUAGAGCAAGAGCCAGACUCGGAGCCCGAAGAGGGGGCGGUGGAGGAGGCGGCGGCAGCGGCGGCCGAAGGCGAGGGGGAGGAGGAAGCAGCGGCGGCCCCGAGGCACUCGGCCGUGCCACCACCGCCGCAGCCCCAGCUGCCGCCGCUGCCCCCACUCCCGCGACCGCUGUCGGAGCGCAUCACCCGUGAGGAGGUGGAGGGCGAGAGCCUGGACCUGUGCCUGCAGCAGCUCUACAAAUAUAACUGCCCUUCCUUUUUGGCUGCAGCCUUGGCCAGAGCCACCUCAGAUGAAGUCCUCCAGAGUGACCUGUCUGCACAUUACAUCCCAAAGGAGACCGAAGGCACAGAAGGAACUGUGGAGAUUGAGACUGUGAAAUUGGCCCGGUCUGUCUUCAGCAAACUACACGAGAUUUGCUGCAGCUGGGUGAAAGACUUCCCUCUCCGCAGGAGACCCCAGCUUUAUUAUGAGACAUCAAUCCAUGCCAUCAAAAACAUGCGCAGGAAAAUGGAGGACAAACAUGUCUGCAUUCCCGACUUUAAUAUGCUCUUCAACCUAGAGGACCAAGAAGAACAAGCUUACUUCGCAGUGUUUGAUGGCCAUGGGGGAGUGGAUGCUGCCAUAUAUGCUUCCAUUCAUUUACAUGUUAACUUAGUACGCCAGGAAAUGUUCCCCCAUGAUCCUGCUGAAGCUCUGUGCCGGGCCUUCCGGGUCACUGACGAGCGCUUUGUGCAGAAGGCAGCUAGGGAGAGCUUAAGAUGUGGGACCACAGGAGUGGUGACUUUUAUCAGAGGCAACAUGCUACACGUGGCCUGGGUGGGUGAUUCCCAGGUUAUGCUCGUGAGAAAGGGCCAAGCUGUUGAACUAAUGAAACCACAUAAACCAGAUAGAGAGGAUGAAAAGCAGCGAAUUGAGGCCCUUGGAGGCUGUGUAGUCUGGUUUGGUGCCUGGAGGGUCAAUGGAAGCCUGUCAGUCUCCAGAGCAAUAGGAGAUGCUGAACAUAAGCCAUAUAUCUGUGGAGAUGCAGAUUCUGCCUCUACUGUCUUGGAUGGGACUGAAGACUACCUCAUUCUGGCCUGUGAUGGCUUCUAUGAUACUGUGAACCCUGAUGAGGCAGUGAAAGUUGUGUCUGAUCACUUGAAAGAAAACAAUGGAGACAGCAGUAUGGUCGCCCACAAAUUAGUGGCAUCGGCUCGCGAUGCUGGGUCAAGUGAUAACAUCACUGUUAUUGUGGUAUUCCUGAGGGACAUGAAUAAAGCUGUAAAUGUUAGUGAGGAAUCAGAUUGGACAGAGAACUCUUUUCAAGGAGGGCAAGAAGAUGGUGGGGAUGAUAAGGAGAAUCAUGGAGAAUGCAAACGCCCUUGGCCUCAGCACCAGUGCUCAGCACCAGCCGAUCUAGGCUAUGAUGGGCGUGUGGAUUCAUUCACUGAUAGCACCAGCCUCAGCCCAGGGUCCCAUAUCAACGUGCUGGAAGAUCCAGGCUACCUAGAUCUCACACAAUUAGAAGCAAGCAAACCUCACAGUGCUCAGUUUUUGCCACCAGUUGAAAUGUUUGGUCCUGGUGAACCAAAGAAAGCCAAUCUCAAUAAUGAGCUAAUGAUGGAGGAAAAAUCAGUUCAAUCAUCAUUGCAUGCAUGGAGUGGUGCUGGAGAGUUUUCUGCUUCUUUUAAUUUGGGUUCCACAGGGCAGCAGAUAUACAGAAUGGAGACUUUGUCUCCUGUCUGUUCUGGGUUAGAAAAUAAACCAUCCAAAUCUCUGGCGAAAAGAAUUUAUAGAUUCUAUCAUCCAUGCUAUUACUACUCCAAGAGGUGGCAAAAGUUUUAUUCAUUUUUCUCUGCUCAAGAGCCUUCCCACAAAAUAGGCAUUAACCUAACUUCAGUUAUUCGAAGUGGGAAGAAAAAUAGGAUGGUAAGAAGUUCUGUCCCAUGGAGGGAAAAUGGCUGGAAAGGGUACAGAGACAACACAAUAAAGAAAACCAUAAAGAGUAAUGAUAUUCCAUGCCCAGAUGUUUUCAGAAGUUGUAAAAUAUAAUACUUUUUCAUUAAAGUAGGCUAGCUAGGUCUCCCUCAAUUAAAGUCACCACUAUCAGAGUAGAAACAAGGUAGACAUUUCUAAAACACAUGUACUUCAUUAUGAAUCCAUGGUUGGCUCAAUUCUUAAAUGUAAAUAGAUCUCUAGGAAACUCAAAAUAGUGUUUCAAAUUUUAAAAAAAGUAUUGGCAGUUUCACUAGCAAAAUUAUACAACUGAUCCCUGCGAUGUGUCUCUAAACCUGCCCCCAACCCCUGCCACCAUCCUUUCACGUCACUAGUGGAAGCUUGAAUUAUUUCAGUCAGGACGUAUAGUGUUGAAAUCUGGUCUGAUGUGCCUCAUAUAUCUACAGAAAAAUCAAUGAAGAAUUUAAUUGGGAAACAUCUCUCAAGAUCUUGGGGUCUGUGAAAGAUCCCUCUCACUCCUUUUGGGUAGAUAAAAGACUAAAAGCCAUAGGGUUUUAGCUGGUAAUAAUGAAAGUAGAAAGCUAAUGUAGAGGUGUUAUUUUUUCAGACUUGUGAGGCAAGAUAUAGUCAAAAUUUACAGAUUUUUUUUUUCCUGUAACAUAAUACUAUGAACAUUUUUUGAAUUAAAAAUGUUUCUUAGGGCUGUAGUUAUUUGGGAGUUUCAUAUAUGUCAUGGUGCUUUUGGUGGAAUUUUUUUGUCAUUUUAGAAAACCACUGUUUUAAUCUAUGAUGCUAAUGUGUUUUUCACUGUACCUUCAUCUCAGGAAUAAAACUGGUUUAACAGAGAUGAUGUCAGGUACAAAUAUAAAAGAAUCAAAAUGCCAUUUAUAAAAGAAAGCUACUCAGCAUUUGUAUAUUUUCUACUUUUUUUUUUAAGUUCACAGACAGAAUGGGCAUAUACAACUAUAACAUAAAGUGGCUUUGAAGAUUUAAAAAUGCUAGUUUCAACUUCUCUAAAACUGUUUUCCCCAAGGGGAUGAAGUAACUGGUAUGAAAGAGACUGAAAAUACUGCCUAAAGUGAACCAAAAGGCCAAGUGCAAAGGACAAUGCAGAUUACCAAGAGCCAGGUCUGUUCAGUUUUAACUGGAAGACAAGCCAGUCCUGCUACAGGCAAAUUCAGACUGUAGAAACAGGAUGUAUAAUUUUCAUUUCAAUAUUUGUAUUUCAUAGUUUAAAAUCAUCUGGUUUUUGCUAUUUCUACCAUUUCAAGCCAGAAGCAUAUCUUCAACUAAAAACAGCAAGUAAACUAUCAUUCAGCGAAGCAGCCUUGAUUCUGAGAAUCACGAAUGUCUCCAUGUCACCCUUCCCUAGCCAAUGGUGGCCCCACUGCACUGAUCGCUCACAGUCAGAUGCACUCAGUGCUCUUGCUGACAAAUGACCACUGCCUAGUCAUGUUUUUUACAUGAUAGUAUAAUUACCUUCAGUUCCCUGGACAGAGCAGGGUUAUAAUUCUUGAGUUUUUAAGAUAAAGAUGACUGCAGCAUAUUACAGGUGCCAGUAUAGCUAUAUCAAGUAAUUUUUAAACAAAGCUUUUAACAACAAUCUGAUUGUUAAUCUACAGAUUUUAUUUUUUAAAAUUUGGAUGUAAGUAGAGAUUUUCAGUGUUUUUCUCUUGACUUUGAAGUCAUUCAUUUUUUUCCUCAAGUCUUGUGACAGAGAUGAAAGAGUAAACAUGACUCCAACUAUAGUAUUAGACAACUUUUUUCAUUGUUAUGAUUCUUUGCCCUAUGCAUGGGCCUCACUCAUAUCUGUCAUUUUCUGAAGCCUAGAUCUUGUUGACAACCCUUCCGAUGCAGUGUCAGUUUCAACUCAAGUUAUCUAAAGAAACAAGAAAACAAAGGCAGCAGAAUAUUGGUACAUAUUAUAGUCCAAAACUCUUAGCUAAGUAAAAAACUAAAUUUUCCAUAAUUGUCUGCUGAUAAUGCUUUUGAUCAGAAUAAAGGUGAAAGGAAAGAAGCUGCAAAUGGUAAGAUUUUUCAGUAGGGAAAAAAUGGCUGGAUGAAACUAGGACAAACACAGACCCAUUUUUAAGGGUAUGGGAUGUGUAGGUCUGACUAUAUAGCAGUGUUAACUCCAUGUCUCAUUUUCUCUAGGAAAUAGAAUAGUUCUCAAUAUUGUAAAAAAAUAGCAACUAUUCAUUUGUUCACAACAUGCAUAUUUAUAGGGUAGUUAGGUACCAUUUGUAAGGUAAGUCCUUUAAAAUUCUAUAAUAAAUAUUAAGAUAGUGGUUAUUGGUCUGAUACAUGCUGCUCAUGGUUCUAUAAACUAGAUAAAAAGCAGUGCUUUGUGAAAUGCAGUGUUAUAUUUUAAUGCCACUGGUGAUAGAAAGUAGUUCCCUUCCAUUCAAAUCCUGUGCCCUUAAUUUGCUGCUUGCUGACGUAAGCAAUAAGUAACCCUUUAACUAAUGGUAUCUAUACAUUAUUGUAACUUGUAUUUAAUGAUGGUGUAUCUGGUGAUUGUACAAAUAGACAGAUAUAAAAGUAUAUAUUACAUAUUAACUUAAUGCUGAGGUAUAAUCUGUGAAUUAUGUGUUUCGUACUUUUACUCAUUGUGUAAUUUAGUGGUGGUGAAAGUUCUACACUCAGUCCUUGAAGAGGGGCAGUCUCCCUUUUUCAAUUUAACAUGAACUGCAUCAAUUUGUCUGCCUGCUAACCAAGUUUUGUUAGAAUAGGAAAUAGUAAAAUAUAAACAAGAAAGUAUAGUAUUGGUUAGGGAAACAGACUUCACGUCACCAAAUGAAGUUAUUACAAAUUCCUUGUACAUUCACUGUGAGUUUCAAAGGGAGUCACUCCCUACCUUAAAAGUUUCCUUUUUUCACUUUCUAGACAUGUACUUUUGAGGGCCAUCUGAGGUUAGGCAACAUUACAGCACCAAAUACUGGGGCUAUUAAUCCCAUUAGGUCUGUACUACAAGAGGUCAGUUAGAAACACACAUGUAUAUACCUUUUCUUUACCUAGAAGUGCCAUCCAUUGUCCUUGAAGAAUACAAUUAAAGUUCCUGUUGCAUUUAACUAGGAGAAUUCUUGAAGGUAACAUCUUUCCCAAGGACAGUAUCAAUGUCAACAAUAAGUCAACUCUGACCAUAUUUAUAGUGGUAUAGUAUCAACACUGCAUUUUCAGGACAAUCACACUCCAUUGCUGUAACACUGUGCCAGUAAUAAGUGCAACAUCAGUGGGCAGAUGAAAAUGAUGCAUGAGGAGUUCUGUGUUUACAGAUCAACUGCUGUGGUUCAAGUACUUCCUUCCAUAUCAGAGACUCGGUGAGGUAGUGAGAAAAUGAUCCAAAUUUUUUAAACAAUUUGUUCAUUCAAUGACCAUUCUCACUUAAGCAAGGCCAUAAAAGGGGAAACUAUAAGUUUUGUUCACACCUUAAUUUCAGAUUUUUAAGUCAUGAAUUAGCAAAAAAAUGGUUUUUUCACCUUUGAAAAAGAUUAAAUGUUUUUCAAAACAAAAUGAUCGCCAGUAUUACAACGUAAGGCAUAUUAAAGAGCCUGUUAAAGAAUUGUUACUUCCUCCAGCAGCAUUUUAUCUAUCUCAAAGAUGAUUUAUGGUACUAAUUAGAAAUUAUCAAAUAAGAUAGGAAUCUCCGGAGUGACACACCAGUUGCUAAUGAAAAGGAAAUGCUUGAACUUUGAUGUAUUAGAUAAUCUAGAUACAUCACUGUAAACUAUGCAGGUGCUCUUUGGUGAGACAGGCUUUCUCUUGUUUAUGACAUUUCUCUGCAAUGAAUUCUCUAUGGAGUGAAGAGAGUGAACAUUUCUUACCAAGUAAAUUUACAAACCUGCUCUACAGAUCACCUUUGAGUUCAGUUGUAAUCAUAUUUUAUUUAUUAAGCUGUUCAUUCAAGUAAGGAGUAUGUUGAAAUUUUGCCAAUCUUAAUAAAACCCAGCAAUUUAAAAACCAA